AUGGGUCCCCGGGCGAAACGGCGUCGGAUGACAGACCCGGACGAUGAAAGUGAUAACAUCUGCCAGGCUGCAUCGGCUUUGGAGAAAGACAGCUGGAAUGGAUUUUGCGAGAUAGAGUCAGAACCGGCUCUAUUCAAUGUGAUGUUGCGGGAAUUUGGCGUCAAGGGUGUCCGAGUACAAGAAGUCGUCUCCCUUGACGAAGAGAUGAUGGCCUUUCUCAAUAAGCCUGUUUAUGGUCUAAUCUUUUUGUUCCGGUGGCGCGAGGAUGACCAAGGCAAACAAGAAGCCAGUUGCCCUGAUGGCAUAUGGUUUGCCAACCAGACUGCAAAUAACGCUUGUGCCAGCGUGGCAUUACUCAACAUUGUGAACAACAUCCCAGGUAUUGAUUUGGGAGACAAUCUACAGUCUUUUAAGGAGUUCACAAUACCUUUCACCCCAGCUCUACGUGGAGAUGCCAUCAGCAACUUUGAAUUUGUCAAAAGAAUCCAUAACUCCUUUGCCCGGAAAAUGGAUAUUCUCAACUCAGAUCUACAGCUCAAGAUCGAAGCUACGGCCAAAAAACAUCGCUCCAAGGGCCAGGAUGAUGACGAAGACGAUGCAACAUUCCACUUUAUUGCCUUCAUGCCUGUGAUGGGUCAGCUGUGGAAAUUCGAUGGACUCGAGCGACAGCCCCAAUCACUCGGUGAAUGUUCCAAAGACAACUGGUUAGAGUUGGUCCGGCCAAAUCUGCUGACCCGAAUGGCUGCCUACGAAGAGGAGCAGAUUGAAUUCUCGAUCCUGGGACUCGUGCGUGACCCUCUACCUGACCUCAUCAACUCUAUGGCCAUCAACGUGCGAAGCCUGGACAUUCUCCGCCAACGUGCCCUAUCCCUAUCACCUCCUGGAAUUGAUCUCUCUUGGGAUCAUCUCGUUCUUGGUCCUGAUCCAUCCUUAUGUCUCACACGAGAAGGUAUCGAUGCGGCGGAACUUCCUGACAGGGUUCAAAAGUGCCAAUCAUGUUCGGCGGGGGAGUUACAGGAGUAUCAGCAGGAGCUUAGCAAGGAUCAGCAAGAACUCCGAGUGCGCAUUCGGGAAGAACAACAGUCACACAGGACAGAUGAUGAGUACGCCGCUGGACGGCGGUUUGACUACAGUCCAGCAGUGCGAAUGUGGCUUCGACUCUUGGCGCGGAAGCAGGAGCUGCAGGAGCUACAAACCGCCCUCGUGGGCAACUGA